AUGUCGCCCCAGAUUGUGUCGGUACAAGCACUUAUUGUGUCUGGUUUGUCUUCAGCUUUCCUUUCACCGACCCGCUCACUCCUUUCUCGCACAGGAUUCCAGCCCAGACUCUUGUCUCAGCUGCGCUGCUUUACGGAGCCCUGGACUUGCCGACCUCGAGGUUCGGGUCUCUCGGGCGACCUGGACUCAGUCGACUUCGAGCUCACACAGCCCUCGGGCAUCGCGCUCGCCCUGCUGCGGCUGCUCAUUCAUCGACACAUCAGCUCUACCGACCAGCCGGCAGACGCUCAUCUUCGUCCGUCGGGCAGACCGCAUGCCUCCGUCGGCUGCUUCCCGGCCGAGGUGAAAUCGUCCUGCUCGACGGUUGAGCCGCUCUCCAGUGACUCUUCUCCCGCCGAGGUGAUGCUCUUCAUUCGGCGACAGCCCCACUUGGCACGGCGACUUUUGCCCCAUCUCGUGCGUAUCGUCUACCGCGAAAGUGACGUCUUGCCCUCUCUGCUCGCUCAGCCGCCGCAGGUCGAGGCGGCCAGCCACGCCUCCGCCCGGAGCACUUCUCGCGCCGCCUUCAGGCAGGAGUCGUCCAGCCCUGGACACCGGUCGUCGGCCAAGUCGGCCGGACUCGAGGCUGACGACGCAGAGGCUGAGGCGGAGGAGGAGGAGGAGGCGACGGGAGGACAGACGGAUUCCAGACUCGUCUUUGAGCUGGUCGACGAGAGUCGAAUGACGCUGGAGCAGGAGGUCAAUCGGUACCAAGCCUUUCAAACGGUCAGGCGACAACGGCGGCUACAACAAAGGCAGAAGCAACAAUUCUGUCAGGUGGCUGAGGCCGUCAUCCAGAAAGACCUGGCAGCCACUGGGACGGAGAAGGGUCAGUGA